GUGCAUACAAUAAUUACAUCCCUAUUAAAAAUGUAUACUGUAAUUUCCCCCCAACUCCAUUACACAAACCCCAAUUCGUUCAAAAUGCUUCGAAGUAUAACAACAAACCGAUCUCUUUUUCACACCCUUUCCCCUCUCAUCAACCCGGCUCGAAUUCUAGGCCUGUGCCCCAUCACCUACACUAAACAAAAAAAUUUCGUCACAAUCAGGUGGUCUUGGAAGAUUUAUAUGGCCAACUGUGCUACGGCUCUGACUUUAGUUUGUUGGGGAUUUUGGGGCUUCGUCCACGACAUGGAAAUUGCCUCCUUUGUGUCCUUGGGGUUUACCGGAAGUGUCGAUGUAGUGAUUUCCUCGUUCGAUAUUAGUGAUGUGCUUUUAAGUUGCCUUUAUUUCAUCGUUUCGAUGCCGUUUAAGUGCGCAAAAUUAUCGAUUGUUUUCCAUAAUCUUAAUAAAGUGGAUGCGAUUAUUACGCCAGUGUUUUGUGAUCGAUUUUACUCAAAUUUGGUUUGGUUUUCAAGAUGUUGGUUUGUGUUUUUACCAGUACUUUACACUCUUGAUGUUUUUAUGUGGGGUAAUACUUCCUGGCUAGGUGUUAACAAUUAUUUCGCUUAUUAUGUUUCUUAUUCGAUCGUUGUUUUGCACGAAUUACAGUACUAUCAAGUUGUUAAAAUGGCCCAACUUCGUGUUUCAGGGAUAAAUAAAACUGUCAAAGAAAAUAUAAAAAAGGACACUAGUAGAAUCAAACUUGAAUUUAUUUUUGACUUAAUUCAUUGUUACAAUAACACAACUGACGCUAUUGAAACAAUAAAUUCAAGUUUCAACAAAACUGUAACAUUAAUGUUAUUCAGCUGUUAUGUCCAUUUGGUCACUUGUCCGUACCAACUUUUUGUAAUGAUAACAAGUAACGAGACAAGCAUUUUGAAUUAUGUUUAUUGUUUAUGGGUUUUAUUGCAAAUUUUUCGAUUGGUUUUAGUAGUAGAAGUUUGUCACAACUGUGAAGAAGAAAUUCAAAAUACUCGAAUUUUAGUUUCGCAGUUGUUGAAUUGUCGUUUAGAUAAAAAUGUAAAAAAGGAGGCAAAUACGUUUCUGUUCCUAAUGGUGAAGAAAAAAAUCAAGUUUUCGGCUUAUGGAUUGCCCAAAGUUGGACGACAUCUUCUGCUCUCAGUUGCGAGUUCGAUUGGUGGAUACUGGAUGAUUCUAUUGCAGUUUAGCUCAAGAACAAGCAAAAUAUGAGUUUGUUGACACCACUCACUUCUUAAUGAAAUGUAUAAAAGUCUACUAUACUAUAAAUAAAAGUAAAUAAAUAUAA